AUGGCUCUGUUCGAUGCUUGGAUCAACACGUCAUAUGAUCCAAUCGUCGGGAAUCAACAAGCCAACAAGUGUUUUUGGGAUAAGGUCACCGACGUAUACAACGAGCAAAAGCCGAAGGGGACCUUCCGCCGCAACAUGAAGAUGCUUCGCAGUCAUUUUGAGCUAACCGACAAAGAUAUAAAACUAUUUUGUGGGAUCUACAAGCAUGAAGCGGAGAAUUACCAAAGCGGAGCCAGUGGGGCCGACAUUCUGAUAGCGGCUUUGCGAGUCUUUAAAUCCAACACCAAAAAAGAUUUCAUACAUGCUGAUGUUUGGCAGUCGGUCAAAGAGCUUGAUAGGUGGGCUAGCGGUGUCCAAUCCAGCACAUGCUCGAGCUCGAAACGCACAAAGCACACGGCGAGUGGCCAAAACUCAUAUAGUGAGGGUGGGGAAGGCAACACCUCAUAA